AUGUCGAUCGUAAACGUCGACAUAUCGCUGUUGCCGAUGCUUAACACAGAUCUCGAAGUCGACGACAAAUUUCCACCGGAGGUCGAAGCAUUUCGUCAGAAGAUUCUUCAAUCUGAAUGUUUCCUCUUUGCUUCUCCUGAGUACAAUUACACGGUUACAACACCUUUGAAGAACGCAAUCGAUUGGGCAUCUAGGCCACCGGACGUGUUUGCCGAUAAGGCUGCUGCUAUUGUUAGUGCCGGAGGUGGGUUUGGCGGAGGGCUGGCACAGUAUAGUCUCCGGCAAGAUUCUUCAAUCUGA